CCGCCUCCAGCUCAGCCCUCGUCCCACAUGGCUCCACCCCUCCGGCCCAUAAGAUCACCCAGACCAGGACUCCUGCAGCCAAGCUCUCUAUCAUGGCCCCGCCUCUUAUGCUCAGGCCUGCCUUAGUCACUUCCAUCCCCGCCCCCAUCCGCUCUAGUUCCACUCUAGCCCCUCCCAUUCUGCUCAGUCCCGCCUCGGGACCCCAUUCUGUGUUCUGACCCCGCCUCCCAGUCCUCGUCCCGCUCGACUCCAGCAUGGCUCCACCCCUUCUCCCUCAUCGCUCACUCCAGCCUCGUCUCCGCCCCCACUCCCGCCCCAACCCGCUCUAACCCCGCCUCUGUCUCCUCGCCCCGCCCCCACCGAUCCCUCCGCCCCUCCAGUACUCCUUGUCUACCCUCGGGGCCAAUCGCCCCGGAGCCGCCCCUCUGUGAUCCCCGCCCCCUCUGGUCCUAGCUCCCGCCCCGCCGUAGUCCUGGCCUACUCGCAGCCGCUCGGUCCCGGGCCUGCCCCGGAUCCGCCCUGGCUGGGCCUCGCUCCCUUUUGGCCCCUCCCCGCUCUCGCCCCGCCCUCGCCCCGGCCCAGCCCGGCCCCAGUCCACUCCCAGCUUUUCCCUUCGAUGACUUAUGUCCCUCCGGGGCCACCGUCGAGCCUCGUCCGGUCUCCCAGCAACAACAGUUCUAGGGCCAGUGCGCGGGGAGGCCGAGCCAUGAACCGGCCUGGGCGCACUGCCCCGGGCUCGCUGCUGUCGGCGCCGCUGCCGCUCACGGCGCUCCACCACCUCUACGCCUGGGUGGACAGCGUGCCCUUCAGCCGCCCCAAGCGCCACCUGGCCCGGGACUUCAGCGACGGCGUGAUGAUUGCAGAAAUUGUGAAACACUUUCAGCCCAAACUGGUAGAAAUGCACAACUACAUCCCGACCAGCAACACCGAGCAAAAGCUGAGCAACUGGAGCACCCUCAACAGGCAGGUGUUCCCUAAACUGCGCUUCUACGUCUCCGAGGAGGACAUCCGGAGGGUCGUCAUCAGCACCCCCGGAGCCAUCGAGUCUGUGCUGUCUACCCUGAGGCAGAAAGUGGAAGAAAAAUGCCAAAAGAAGGCGGCCCAGGAGAGCAGGGUAAACGCAAAGGACCCCAUCGGAUUCGACAGCAUCAACAUCAACAGACACUUGGCGGAACUAGAAAACUCCAAAUCUGCUGACUGUCCGACCAGCAGGGUGCCGUCGGGCAAGAAGGUGUCCAGCCAGAAGGGGGAGGACAGAGUCAGCGACUACUCGGGAAGGCAGGACUCGGGCUUCGGCCAGUGCCCGCACAACGAGCCCAACUUCCAGCAGUUACUGGAGGAGAAGGAGCAGGCUCUGACCAUGCUGCAGGAGACGGUGCAGAUUCUACAGAUGAAAGUGCACAGGCUAGAACACCUCGUCCAGCUAAAGGACAUGAGAAUUGAAGAUCUGACAAGACACCUCAACACCCCCAAAUAGGGGAGACCCCCCAGCGUGGUGCGGAGCGUGGCCCCGCCUCCCGUGGGCAGGUCCCUGCCUGCUGGGACGUGGCCUGAGAAAAACUGAGGAAGCGCCCCUCCUCCUCCAGGCAGCCUGCCUGCCCGACCUCCCUCCCUCCGUCUCCGCCUGUCUCCAUCCCUCUGUCCCAUCCGCACCACAGGUCAGGGCCGGCCUCCCACCCUCCACCGCUCAGUGGCUCAGGGUUCCUUCUGGACAAAAAGGGCCUUUUGUGUGUAGUCGUGUCCACCCCCCGGGAAGUCUAUCACGGGACUCCCCCAUCCUAGCUGAGCAAGACCGGCUCUCUGGAAUCGCGUGUGUCCGUGUGUGUGUGUGCACGUAUGUGUGUAGGUGUGCAGUGUACAUGUGUGUGCAUUUUGUGUGUAUGCAUAUGUGUAUGCAUGUGCGCGUGUAUAUAUGUGUGCGUUGUGUGUGCAUACGUAUCGGUGUACGCGUGUGCAUGUGUGCAUUUUGUGUGUAUGCGUAUGUGUGCAUGUACUGUGUAUGUGUACAUGUUGGUGUGUGUGCGUAUGUGUGCGUAUGUGCAGGCAUGUGCAUGUGUGUGCACACGUGUGUGCGCACGCGUGCACACGCAUGUUCCUGGUGGGGGCCUGUCGCUGCUGCUCGUCUGGUCAGGGCACGUCAGACCAGCAGUCUCUGCCUUUCAGAGUGUAUAGAUGAGGAGCUGUAUGUAGGCCUGGAAUUACUUUUACAAUUAAAGGAAACGUGGCUAGGA